AUGCACCCGGAAUAUCAGCCUCCGAAGCCCGCGAUCCCUGUGAUCACGAAAGCAGCCAAAGAGGCCUCGCCCUCAGAGCGCCUGGACGAACUGGCAAAAGCCUCAAAACGAAUAAUCAAUAUGGAAAACGAAUGGAGAGUGAAAAUGUCCGCAUUGAAUUACAAGCCCAGUGAAAGGAUACUGGAGUUAUCUCGCCCGCGGCCCUUCGCGAAUGGUUACCUCCCUUGCAAGACUUCUGACGAAACAUGGCGCGUAUCGCCGAAUGCCCGAAAGGCAUCGACGUCGGAUCGUGUCGACGAGCUGAGCAAGCCUCAAGUACGGACUGUGGGUACCAAUCUCCCGCGAACGGACGCGUUUGUCGUCUCCGACGCGGCAAAAAAAGCAAAAGCGAGCGAUCGUAUUGUCGAACUAUCGCAGCCCGUAGUUCGAGGCCAUUAG